AUGAAUAAUCUUUCAUUCAGCGAGCUGUGUUGCCUCUUUUGCUGCCCACCAUGUCCAGGGAAAAUCGCCUCCAAACUUGCCUUCUUACCUCCUGAUCCAACUUACACUCUUAUAUGUGAUGAGAGUGGAAGCCGCUGGACUCUUCAUUUGACUGAACGAGCGGACUGGCAAUAUUCUGCCCGAGAAAAAGACGCUAUAGAGUGUUUCAUGACUAGAACCAGCCGUGGGAAACCGCAUUGCCUGCAUGUUUGUACGCUGCUCUCCAAAUGCUAAGUACACACUUCUAUUCUCUCAUGGAAAUGCUGUAGAUUUGGGUCAGAUGAGCAGCUUUUAUAUAGGACUUGGCUCUCGGAUAAAUUGUAACAUAUUCUCCUACGAUUAUUCUGGAUAUGGGUCAAGCUCUGGAAAGCCAUCAGAGAAGAAUUUAUAUGCUGACAUUGAUGCUGCUUGGAUUGCUCUAAGAACAAGGUAUGGUAUACGCCCAGAGCAUGUGAUCAUCUAUGGCCAGAGUAUAGGAACUGUCCCAUCUGUGGAUCUGGCUGCUAGAUAUGAAAGUGCUGCUGUGAUUCUACAUUCUCCCCUUACCUCUGGGAUGAGGGUAGCUUUUCCUGAUACCAAGAAAACUUACUGUUUUGAUGCAUUCCCCAACAUUGAUAAAAUCUCCAAGAUAACAUCUCCUGUGCUGAUCAUUCAUGGCACAGAAGAUGAAGUUAUUGACUUUUCCCAUGGACUGGCACUGUUCGAGCGUUGUCAAAGGCCGGUGGAACCCCUUUGGGUGGAAGGAGCUGGACACAAUGAUGUGGAACUGUAUGGACAAUACCUUGAAAGGUUAAAACAGUUUGUCACACAAGAGCUUGUAAAUUUGUAA